AUGUCAACGAAACGAAUGAACAUCUUGGUCUACUCCGGUGCGCUCACAUACGAACAAUGGCGUCGUAAUGAAAAUCUAAUGAUUGCUUCAGGUAAUGGCAGUACCGUCGAGUCUGUUCGGCAUUGCCUCUACACGCUUCGGCGGCUAGUAUCUCCCAACUAUGCCGUCAUCCCAGUCACUGGCGACAUGAUCAUCAAAGAGCCCUGGACUGCUAGCUGUGCUGCACUUGUCUUUCCCGGAGGCGCUGAUCAAGGCUACUGUCGAACUCUGAACGGUACGGGUAACAGACGAAUACGACAGUAUGUUGAGAACGGUGGUCUCUACAUUGGCUUCUGCGCCGGCGGCUACUAUGGCAGCAGCAGAUGUGAGUUCGAGGUAGGAAACAAGCCACUCGAGGUCAUCGGCGAUCGAGAGCUACGGUUCUUUCCUGGAACUGCGCGAGGAUGUGCCUUUCCGGGCUUCGUCUACCACAGCGAAACGGGCGCUCGAUCUGUGCUGUUGAAGACGGACAAGUCGGUAUUGCCCGCAGGAUCGGUGCCGAAUGUGUUCAAGUCGUACUACAACGGAGGUGGUGUGUUCGUCGAUGCUGCGAAGUACAAGGACCAAGGUGUAGAAGUUCUCGCAAGCUACACAGAUCCGUUGUCGGUCGAUGCCGGAGAAGGAUCCGCCGCUAUUGUCUACUGCAAAGUUGGGAAGGGAGCAGCAUUACUCACAGGUCCUCAUCCAGAGUUCGUCUACCUUGGCAAAGCAGCAGAUGACUGGCAGCUGACGAAGCCCAGAUUCGCUCCCGCCAACAUGGAAGAAAAGCCGUCAGUGCCUGGGUUCUCAGAUGUCAUCAAAGACUUAGCGGCAGACGAGAAGCAGAGGAUCGAUUUCCUGAAGGCUGUCCUGACCAAAUUGGGCUUGAAUGUAAGCGAAGAGCAGAAUGUGCCUUCCCUAUCGCGACUACAUCUCUCCUCAACACAGCCUUCCAAUAUCAGUCGAGUGCUCGAGUCAUUGGCGGAGCACAUCACAAGAGACGUCAAUGGCGAAGAGCUGAUCAAAGAUGAAAACGACACAUUUCAUAUUGUCAAGCCUUCGGUCUGGAAAAUGGCCGAUCUUGCCCAAGCACUCCCUACAGAAGGAGAACCGGCUGACCAGCUUGAUGGUAGCAACGAGACGAUAGUCGACUAUAAUCUCAUCAUUAAGCAACUACUUCUUCACGAAGACGACAUACCGGAUGCGAAGAGCACACCUUACUUUAAUCACCACGCCUUCUUUGCCAACCUGAAGCAGUAUCAGUCCCAGACGCGAACAUCCGAGUUCGGAACACGUCUUCUUUACGGAGAGGUGGUCACGUCGACCAACACAAUGCUCGAGAAGAACACGCGCAUACUGCGCAACUUGCCCCAUGGCUUUACCGCAACAGCCACGUCACAAGUCGCCGGUCGUGGGCGUGGGUCAAAUGUUUGGGUCAGUCCAGCCGGACAAUUAAUGUUCAGCACAGUCAUCCGGCACCCGAUGGCGAGGAUGCAGGCUGCCCCAGUGGUGUUUGUUCAGUACCUCGCAGCAAUGGCCAUUGUUCAGGGCAUCAAGUCGUAUGAAGGCAACCAGUAUCGCGACAUGCCCGUGAAACUCAAGUGGCCGAACGACAUAUAUGCCCUCGAGCCAGGCAAAUCGGACACAUUGGCGAAAGAGAACUAUGUUAAGAUAGGCGGCAUUCUGGUCAACUCGCAUUACAACACGAAGGAGUAUAUCGCCGUUUGCGGAUGCGGCAUCAACACAGCCAAUGCAGCACCGACGACUUCACUCAACCAGUUGAUUCCACACUUGAGAGAGCUGUACGCCACGUUCCUCAUCACCGGCUUCGAUGAAGACAUGGAGCAGCUCUACUAUCGCGACUGGCUGCACAUGGAUCAGAUUGUGACACUCGAAGCUGAGUCUGGUCAACGGGCUCAGAUCAGAGGUGUGACUCGGGACUAUGGAUUAUUGAUAGCGGAAGAGCUUGGCUGGCAGGAUCGUCCAACGGGGAAGCGCUUCGAGCUCCAGAGCGAUUCUAAUAGCUUUGACUUCUUCAAAGGGCUGGUGAAGAGGAAGACCUAA